UUCAUUUUUAAUAAAAGAUCUCAAGGCACUGAUUCUGCAGUUCCAGAACACUAUAAUUAUACAUCUUCAACCGUAAAUGCUGGCUUGCCUCUAAAUGUGGCACAUUCCUCAUUGUCAACUCCAUGUCAUGGCCUUCAGACAUCAAAUCCCGUCAUUUCAGUUGUCCCAUCAACAAACCAUCCUUCUGGAUAUGGAGGACAUAUCGACAGCGGUGCAUCCGAGUAUUACUUGCCACCAAACAUUAGACCUAAUGGAGCUCCAGCACUGGAGAGCCCUAGAAUUGAGAUCACUUCUUACAUGGGACUUCAUCAUAACAACAACCAAUUUUUCCACGAUGAGGUUGAGGAGGCCAUACCAAACACCAAGCGGUCACCUUCCACUGCCACUUUGAACUUACCAAACAUUGAGGCGUACAGAGACCCAUCCUGUCUGAGUCCAGCGAGUAGCUUGUCUUCCAGAAGCUGCAACUCCGAAGCGUCUUCCUAUGAGUCCAACUACUCGUAUCCGUACACUUCACCCCAGACCUCUCCGUGGCAGUCCCCAUGUGUCUCUCCGAAGACCACUGACACAGAGGAAAGCUACCAACGCAGCAUGGUGGCCUGCACUUUGCUCAACUCUCCAAGGCACUCUCCAUCGACAUCUCCCAGGACAAGCAUCACAGAGGAAAACUGGCUGGGGGCUCGCAACUCCAGGCCCCCAUCUCCCUGCAACAAGAGAAAGUACAGCCUCAAUGGCCGGCAGACCUCUUACUCCCCACACCACUCCCCCACACCUUCUCCGCAAAACUCGCCACGGGUGAGUGUCACGGAUGAGACAUGGCUGGGGAACACCAACCAGUACACCAGCUCUGCCAUUGUCGCUGCCAUCAACGCCCUCACCACCGACAGCACCAUAGAUAUGAAUGAUGGGAUUCCCAUCAAGUCGAGGAAGACCGCCAUUGACCACACCCCAUCCAUGACUCUCAAAACUGAACCGGCUGGUGAGGAUCACGGGACCAUAUCGCCAACUGCCGAUUUGUCACCAGAAGACUUCUCCAGCUUUCAGCACAUCAGGAAAGGAAACUUCUGCGAGCAGUAUCUGUCCGUGCCACAGCAUCCCUAUCAGUGGGCCAAACCAAAGUCUCUGUCUCCGACAUCCUACAUGAGCCCAUCCCUGCCUGCCCUUGAUUGGCAGCUGCCAUCUCACUCAGGACCUUAUGAACUGCGUAUUGAAGUGCAGCCGAAAUCCCACCACCGAGCUCAUUACGAGACGGAAGGCAGUCGAGGGGCUGUGAAGGCGUCUGCGGGGGGCCACCCUAUUGUGCAGCUACACGGUUACUUAGAAAGCGAGCCACUCACGCUACAGCUGUUCAUUGGGACUGCAGACGACCGCCUGCUGCGACCCCAUGCUUUCUACCAGGUUCAUCGAAUCACCGGGAAGACCGUUUCCACCACCAGCCACGAAACAAUACUUUCCAACACCAAGGUCUUGGAAAUUCCGCUUCUUCCAGAGAACAACAUGAGAGCACUCAUCGACUGUGCUGGGAUAUUAAAGCUCCGAAACUCUGACAUUGAACUGCGCAAGGGAGAGACGGACAUUGGUCGGAAGAACACACGUGUGCGGCUGGUCUUCAGGGUUCAUAUCCCGCAGGCCAAUGGCAGGACCCUCUCCUUGCAAGUAGCCUCCAACCCCAUUGAGUGCUCUCAGAGAUCUGCCCAAGAACUGCCUCUGGUGGAGAAGCAAAGUACUGACAGCUUUCCUGUUACUGGAGGGAAAAAAAUGAUACUGACUGGCCAUAACUUUCUGCAAGACUCCAAAGUCAUCUUUGUGGAGAAAGCACCAGAUGGUCACCAUGUGUGGGAAAUGGAAGCCAAAACCGACAAAGAAAUGUGCAAGCCAAAUUCGUUGGUGGUUGAGAUACCACCUUUCCGCAAUCAGAGGAUUACCAGCCCUGUUCAGGUCAACUUCUAUGUCUGCAAUGGAAAGAGAAAGAGAAGCCAGUACCAGCUUUUCACCUAUCUUCCUGCUAAUGUUCCAAUUAUAAAAACAGAACCCACAGAUGACUAUGAGCCUGCUCAAACCUGUGGACCAAUGAACCAAGGCUUAAGCCCUCUCUCUAAACCAUACUACAGUCAGCAGAUCAUGAUGCCCCCUGAUCCUGGUUCAUGCCUCGUGGCUGGCUUUGCCUCCUGUCAGCAGAGAAAUGCCGUGAUGUCACCCUCUCCCAACGCAAGCCCCAAGCUGCAUGACCUUUCGUCCUCUCCUUACAAGUGCAUCCCCAACCCGGGCCACAGUCACCUCGGACUUCAGCAGCCCGCUGGAGGUGUCCCCACCAUACAGGAAGUGCCAAGGUCUAUAGUUGUGCACCCAAGCUCCCCCGAGCAAUCAUCUCACAUCAUGCUGCAGCCGCAGGUGAGUCAACAUCUGAGCAGUAGCUGUCCCCUUGGUUAUCAACAAACACUCUAUCCCAACAGUCCCUCUUCUCCAGUUCCAUCUGUUACCCAAGAGCCAACCUAUUUGCAGUCCUGCAGUCCAACUCAUUCAUCCAUAAUGGGUCAACAGCAGCAGCAACUGCCGAAGGUUCACAGAAAUGAGUCUCCAACAACCCAACCACUGUCAUUGCCAGAGUUGCAUGAGGAAAGUAAUCAUAAUUUGGCCCCUAUUCCUGUAACGAUCAAGCGAGAACCUGAGGAAUUGGACCAGAUGUACCUGGAUGAUG